AUGCUACGGCUACUCCGCUCGCUGCCUACCAUCCCGACCACGGUGUCUCUGAGAGGUUACAGUGUCCCGGGGUCUUCUGUUUCACGACACUCACAGAAACCACCGCAUCAGCUGGCUACCUACGUCACGACGCACGACACGGCAACAUUCCCCGGGAGCCCAUCGCCGGAAACUAGUUUUGCCAACCUAGACAGCCUCGGAAACCACAUCUAUCUCGAGAAGCAAGACAAGCUGCGCGAUUUGGGUAUCAACCUCCAAACGUCACAGAUCAUCGUUGUAGGUGGGCAAUCAUCCGGCAAAAGCUCUCUCCUGGAGAGCUUGACGGGCUUCUCGUUGCCGCGAGGCCAGGGCUGCUGCACACGGUUUGCGACACAAAUUACACUGCGGCGCGAUCCGGUCAAGAAGACUGUCAUCUCGAUUACACCUAGAAACAAUGCGGAUCAGAAGCUGAGAGACACAUUGAGGGCGUUUCGGCAUGAGCUUACUGAUUUUCGGCUCGAGGAUGUGGCGAAUGUUAUUGAUAAGGCAAACGUGAUCAUGGGCAUUAGAUCAGGUAUUAACAAGGAUGUCCUCAGCCUCCCAAUGUUUAGUGAGGAUAUACUCAAGAUCGAGAUCUCAAGCCCUAAGAAUCCCCACCUGACUGUGAUCGAUGUGCCUGGACUUUUCCAGGUCACAGACCAGCUGGGUUAUGCGUCUGAUAAAGAUAAGCUAUUGGUGGAGGCAAUGGUCAAGAGACACAUGAAGAAUGAAAGAACAAUCGUCUUGGCUGUGUUAUCCUGUCUUUCAGACCCUGUCACCGAAGGAAUCCUCCAGUUUGCUAAAGCAGCUGACCCCAAAGGCGAGAGAACAGUUGGGGUUCUUACCAAAGCCGAUCUGGUAAAAGAAAAGGCAGUACUCCAGUCGCUUUCCAGCUUAGCGAUGGGCUCCACAUUCAAGCUUGGUUACUUCGUCGUACGAAACCGCGGUGCCGACGAAGACGAUCUGGAUAUGUCCGAGUGCAGGAGGAAAGAAGUCGAACUCUUUGAAAAUCCGGAAUGGAAGCAUAUUGCGGAUGCCGGGCGUGUUGGAGUUGAUGCUUUGAGGACAGAAUUGCAGUCCCUACUCACCAGGCUCGCCAAGCGCGAAUUACCGAAGCAAAAAGCCGAAGUCAUGAAGCGUCUGGCUGACUGUGAGAAAAGAAGCAUCUCUUUUGGGCCGCCGAGAUGCACCCCAGCAGCUCAACGUGAGCAUUUGAUCAAGUUGGCGCUAAAGUUCGAGAGGUUGGCAAAUGAUGCUCUUGAGGGCCUGUAUGGAAGGGAUGCUCUAUUCCGAGAGAAGCCUCCACUGAAGCUCAUCACCAAGAUAAUUGAGCUAAACGAAGGGUUCUCUCACGUUGUCUGGAAGAAGGGCCAAACCUGGAACUUCAAAGAGCAGGCGACAGAGGAGGCCGAUGGCACAGAAAUUGCCUACAUACAGCUGGUGAACGAGGCAGUCGACUGGGCAUCAACAAUUCCGGAACUGGUGGAGUAUCGAUAUCCGAGGAUUAGCACUUUCAAAGACCCCCAGAGUGACAUCAUGGCUUUCAUCAGAGACUGCUACUCGGCAGGUCGUGGACCUGAACUAGGAUCGUUUGGCGGAUCGGUGCUGACAAUGGCGUUCAAAGCCCAAGCGAUGAGCUGGGACGAAGUCGCUACUCGUCAUGUCAAUGCAUCUGUCCUGGUUAUCCACCGGUUUCUAUACACGCUUCUCACGGCUCUAAUAAAGGAUCAGCGAAUGCGCGAGGAACUAUGGACAUGUCUCCAAGAUGAUCUGCUAAAGGGUUACGGCCGGGCACGCGAGCACGCCAAAUUCGUCAUCAACACCGAGCUUAACGGUCGCCCGGUCACCUAUAAUCAUUACUUCAACGAAAACAUGCAGAGAGCCAGGUUGGACCGCCAAAAGUCCAUUCUUUCAGGACUGGAGACGAAUAGCCAGAAUACUAAAGUCGACCUCUUCAAGGUGCAGUCUCUGUUGAGGAGUGUCGUAGAAAGCAAAUCCAAUGCCGAGCAGGUUAGGGAAGAUAUACACGAUAUCCUCAAGAGUUAUUACAAGGUCGCUCGGAAGAGAUUCGUCGAUAACAUUUGUCAGCAGGCGAUCAACCAUUUCCUCCUCGAUGGUGAUCAGAGCCCUGUAAAGAUAUUCACGGCGGACUGGGUGGCCAAGCUAAGCGAUCGUCGGCUAAACAUCAUCGCUGGCGAGGAUGCUAUCACUACAACAGCGAGGCAAAGGCUGGAAACGGAGCUGGAAGGCCUGAGAAAGGCUUUGGAAAUCUUGCGAAGCUGA